GCCACUCACUCUUCAGGCAAAAGCCAAUUGGUCAGCUCGUAGAAUCGUCAUCAGCCAAAUACAUUCAUUGAUGUUCUUUGAGCGGUGUUCGAGGAUCGGAAAACUUGUUCAAAUAAAAUUAUACUAAAAUACCCCUGGAAUAGAAAAAAAAGCUGUAAACAUUCUAUUGUCGCUUUUCUGUUCAUUUAAGUUAAUGCACGGCGAAAAUAGGAAAUCCGCAAAAGAGCUGGAGGGACACACACGCUAGGAGAGUUAUGGAGGUGGAUGCCAGUUUGGCCUCAGGAAUGGAGAUGGAGUUGGAUCCAGAGUUGGAGGAGUUAGGGGUGUCUUUGGACGAGCUCCGCAAGUGGAUCGAGGAGCAGGUGGACAGCAGUGAAGCCGUGCAACAGAGGAAAGCUCAGCUGGAGCAGCUGCAGGAAUGGGUUGAGCAGAGGGAGAAGGAGGUCACUGAUAUGGAUGCGCUUUGCACUAAUGCCUCAGAGUCUGUGGGUCAGUGUGAAGCUCUGGUGAAGGAAGUGUACAGUAAUAUGGGUCUAGUGUAUCGUGAGAGCAGCUCGGAGGAUGAGGGAGGAGGCGGAGCAAACCCUUCUGAGGUCAUUGAGAUUGAUGAUGAUGAUGACGAUGAUGUCAUUGCUGUGGGAUGUGUGGUUCCUCCCAAGAAGGUUGUAACUCCAGUCAAGGACUCGGCGUUUAAGGAGGCUUCAGCUGCUCUUCAAAGAACGUCUCAGCAGGUGCAGAACCUGGCUCAGUCUGUCAACAGAACGGCCCAAUCGAGUAUCACACCAGCUAAAGCAGUGGCCCCUCCCGCACAAUCCCAUGGUGCUCUGGCUGUUCCAGCAGUGUUUAUGUCCUCAGGCCCAAGGAACGCGCCCACUCAACCAAACCCUAAUUUAAAACAGGAUAAUAUCAAGAUCAACAUGACACUUUUGGGUAAAAAACGCACUAAGACAUGGCAUCGUGGAACACUUGUUGCCAUCAAACAAGUGGGGAACAAUUUCAAGUACAAGGUGAAGUUUGAGAAUAAAGGGAAGAGUCUUCUCUCUGGGAACCACGUGGCAUUUGAAUACCACCCAACACUGGAGAGACUGUUUGUUGGUGCCCGUGUUGUCGCUAGAUACAAGGAUGGCAAUCAAGUCUGGCUCUAUGCAGGUGUAGUCGCUGAGAUGCCCAACAGCAAAAACCGUAUGAGGUUUCUGAUCUUUUUCGAUGAUGGUUAUGCCUCAUAUGUGGGCCUGCCUGAGCUCUACCCAAUCUGCAGACCAUUAAAAAAGACCUGGGAGGAUAUUGAGGAUGCAUCAUGCAAAGAUUUCAUUGAAGAGUACAUCACGUCGUAUCCCAACAGACCCAUGGUGCUGCUUAAGCCAGGACAAAUCAUAAAGACAGAAUGGGAAGGAACGUGGUGGAAAAGUCGUGUGGAAGAAGUGGAUGGCAGCCUUGUCAAAAUGCUUUUUCUGGAUGAUAAGCGGAGUGAGUGGAUUUAUCGUGGCUCUACAAGACUAGAACCUAUGUUUAAUCUGAAAAUGAACACAGCUAGCAGUCAAGAGAAGAAAAUGGCUGGUCAACAAAGACAGCGGCCUAAUAUGGGGGCAUUGAGGACAAAGGGCCCUGUUGUGCAGUACACUAGUGACAACAGUGCUUCUGCUUCCAGUCGGCCUGUAGCCCCACAGAUCCCACCAGCUCGUCCAGUGGCUGCCGGACCCCCACAGCCUUCCCGCACUGAAAGUCCUAGUCUAAAGAGUCAAAUGGCUAAAAAGAGCACUGGUCAGGUUGCACUGCAGCCUCGUCAGGCCGUGACCUCUGACCUCCAGCCCAAAGCACUGAUCGGCACUGUUCACCAAACCAAUACCUCCAGGCUCUUUCUUCUGCAGUCUGGACCUGUACAUACAUUGACGCCAAUCACACCAGCUCUGCAUACUUUGCAGACAACUGUGUCAACCUACACAAGUGAGCGUAUUCCUCAGGAGCCAUCGUACCAGGCUCCAAAUGACAGACUCUUCUACCUUACACACAACUGCACCCCAGACUGUCUAAAGCGCAUCCGGCCCACCCGCCCCAACCUGCAUCGAGGACGCAACCCACUUCUUACUCCAUUGCUCUACGAGUUUCGCCGCAUGACUGGCCGCAGACGCCUUAACCGCAAGAUGUCAUUCCAUGUCAUCUACAAGUCCCCGUGUGGCUUGAGUCUGAGAAAUAUGGCAGAAAUCCAGCGCUACCUCUUCCAGACACACUGUGACUUCAUCUUCUUGGAGAUGUUCUGUCUGGACCCCUAUGUGCUGGUGGACCGUCGAUUCCAACCCCAGAGGCCAUUCUACUUCAUCCGGGACAUUACAAGUGGUCGUGAAGACAUUCCUUUGUCCUGUGUGAAUGAGAUCGACAACACUCCUCCGCCCAGUGUGGCCUACAGUAAAGAGAGGAUCCCAGCAGAUGGAGUGUUUAUUAACACCAGCUCAGACUUCCUGGUGGGCUGUGACUGCACUGAUGGCUGCAGAGACAAAUCCAAGUGUUCGUGUCAUCAGCUGACUCUGCAGGCUACAGGGUGUGCGCCAGGUGGGCAGAUCAACCCCAAUGCUGGAUACCAUCACAAGAGACUGGAAGAGUGUCUCCCUACAGGGAUCUAUGAAUGUAAUAAGCGCUGCCGCUGUAAUCCGCAGAUGUGCACUAACCGCCUGGUUCAGCACGGUUUACAAGUCCGACUGCAACUCUUUAAGACCCAAAAUAAGGGCUGGGGCAUUCGUUGCCUUGAUGACAUUGCCAAAGGCUCAUUUGUUUGUAUCUAUGCAGGUAAAAUCCUGACAGAUGACUUUGCUGAUAAAGAAGGCUUGGAAAUGGGUGAUGAAUACUUUGCCAAUCUAGACCACAUUGAGAGCGUGGAGAACUUUAAGGAAGGUUACGAGAGUGAGGCCCACUGCUCCGACAGCGAGGGCAGCGGGGUGGACAUGAGCAGGGUUAAACUACCUGCUUCCUCCCAACACGGUAAAUCCACCAUCAAGAUGGAGGAGCGUAACAGCAGCACUACUGGCAAAAGCCAAGAUGAUUCAUCUGAAGAUAGUGAUGAUGACAAAGAUGAAGAGUCUAAUGAGGAUGAGAGCGACAGCUCAGACGACACAUUUGUGAAAGACACGUAUUUCUCCACCAGCUCAGUGUGGAGGAGUUACACCACCCGCAGACAGGCCAAAGGAAUGAAGGAAGAGAGUCAGGACAGCAAGGAUGGACUGAGUGUGUCCACAGGUGAGGAGAGGAAGCCACCUCCGAUGCCAGAGGAGACUGGGAAGAGUAAAGUGGCAUCUUGGCUCACCAGCCAGUCUUCCACUUCUGCAAAUCAGAGCGUCAAGGUGGAGGGAGGGAUGAAGACGGAGAAGAAGGAUGUAAUGACCCUCUCUGACAGUGAUGAUGUGCAAACUAUAAGCUCAGGAUCAGAUGACAACAAGGAGAGGGAGAAAAAGACUCAGGCUGUGGUGAAGAGGCAGGUGGCGGUGAAGUCCACGCGUGGCAUUGCUUUGAAGUCCCACAGUAUGAUGGUGAAAACAGGGGGUGGGGGUGCAGGAGGAGGCGGGUCAGGCCCAUCUCAUGGACAGGGAGGUGGCGGGGGCGACAGUGGCCCUAAAAACACCCGCCAGUUCUUUGAUGGGGAGGAAUCCUGUUAUAUCAUUGAUGCCAAACUGGAGGGCAACCUCGGACGCUACCUUAACCAUAGCUGCAGCCCCAAUCUGUUCGUCCAGAAUGUCUUUGUGGAUACUCAUGAUCUCCGCUUCCCAUGGGUGGCCUUCUUUGCUAGCAAGCGUAUCCGAGCAGGGACAGAGCUGACGUGGGAUUAUAAUUAUGAAGUUGGCAGUGUGGAGGGCAAGGAGCUUCUGUGCUGCUGUGGAUCAACAGAAUGCAGAGGACGACUGCUGUAACACAAAUGCACUAAAGAUACCUCCUAUUCUAGAUGUGCUAGGGAACACUUAUUUGGAGCUUCUGGAAGUUGGACUUAUCCGGUCUGUGCUACUGAUGAGAACUGAGCAGAAGCUGAACAAAAAGCAAUUUGUUCAGGAACUUACUGAAUUUGUAAAAAAGUGUAUGUGUGCUUGUUUUCAAUUGCCCUGCUUCACAGAGUUCUGCCUUAAACCCCCCACUCAUCUAUCAUUAUGGUUUAUGCAAUCCUUUCUGUAAACAGCGGUUUCUUUUUUUAUACAUCAAUCUCAAUACCCUGUUUUGCUUUUAUAUAUGUAGUUCUGAUAAUGAGGAUCUUUUUUUUUUCUUCUUUUUUCAUUUAACUCAUGGUUUUGUGAUUGUCAUUGUAUGCUAAUGUGUAAAAUGUGCUUUUGUUGGUCAACAAGUUUGAAAAUAGACAAAAUUGUACUUUUGUCACAAUUUGAAUUAAAGUUCUACAAAGACC